UCCAUGAUUGCGACCGCCAUUUCGAGCAGAGGUUGCUCGCGCUGACGAAGGGAUCGGAAUCUGCCGAGGUUUACAAUAACACACGCUGACUGUGACAGCUAAAGCCAGGAAAAUCGAUUAUCGCGAAGCUUGCGGCUGAAGCUCUUUCUCAUAUCUGAUCCACAGCGGCCAUGAAUACAUCAACCGCAUGCAAAACGUGGAAGCAGUACAUUCACAGCGCUAGGGAAUAGACGAGCAGCAAUUUUUUUCGAUAUCAUUGGAUCCAGUAAAGGAUAUUUGAUCAUAUUUUAUUAGGGAGCAAACAGGGUAACGCAAACUAUGGGAGACAGACGACUUGUGCUUGUUGCCGUCGACUCAAGCGCGCAGGCAGAAAGAGCGUUCCAGUUUUAUAUCGACAAUCUUCACCGGCCAGAGAAUGAUAUAUUGUUCUACCAUGUAGCCGAGAAGCCAAAUCUGCCAACGGUUUCAUUAAAAGAUCCCAUGUCAUUUCCGGCGGACGACUGGCACAAAGAACUCACGAAACGAAACGAAGACGUCAAUGCCUUAGAGGGUAAAUACGAAAUCUUGAGAACUAGUAAACAGAUGAAGGGAGAGUUCCUGACCGUGUACGAGGACAGGUCGAACCCAGGAGAAGCGAUCGUGUCCGCCGCGGAGGGGAAAAAUGCAGCCAUGAUAGUGGUCGGCACCCGAGGCCUCGGAACACUCCGCCGCACUAUUUUAGGCAGCGUUUCGGACUAUGUCGUCCACCAUGCAAAGUGUACUGUCAUAAUAUGCCCGCCUGGGAAGACCGAUUAGUUCUAAAUUGAUGUUAGCUUCUAGCUUCUGUAUUUUUCUUUUUGAAUGUAUAUAUGUUGGUAUGAUUUCGGAUGAAGAACACUAGCUAUAGUGAAGCCAUCUUUUGCAGGCAGUGAAACUAUUCCGCAAAAGAACACAACAACGCAAGAACAAUUAGCAAAUAUUUCAAUAAGAUACAUGUAUUUAAAAGCUAGUUGACGUUUCCCGUCAAGUGGGAUCAGCAAAAUUUCAAAGAAUGACUUCCUGUGUAGCUAUGCACAGCUUGAUCAUGUGAUCCAAUGUACAUGUAGCAGUGACAAAAUUGCUCGUUUGCGCAGCGCUUUCGUUGUCAAUUGUUGCUAUUGUUAAGGGGGAAAAGAAUCCUAAGUACUUACUGAUCAGACAAUUCUAUGCUAACAGAAAUCUCAAAUUUUGAUCGGAUCUGGAAAUGCAAAUAUUUAUUGACUUUAUAAAAUCUUACCAAAAUUACUUUCCAUAUAUGUUUCACCGCAUCAGCUCGAGAAUAAAAUGUAAAAUGGCGUUCA